AUGAAUCAAGACGACGACUCUCUUGAUGCGUCCAGAGUCGAUCACCUCGAACUCGAGGCCGCAGGCUACUCGCAAGCCAUGCCUCGCCAGUUCUCGACUUGGGCGCUCGGGGCGCUGUCCUUCACUCUGACGUGUACCUGGAUUGGAACUGGAGCGUCGAUUGGCAUCGGCCUUACUGAGGCUUCAGCGGCAGGGUCGCUGUGGUCCCUCGUCAUCGCAGGCUUCAUGACCCUGGUGGUAUCGGCUGGAAUGGCCGAGUUGUCGUCCGCCUACCCAGUGGCCGGAGCACAGUAUUACUGGUCGUUCAUGGUUGCCAGCGACAAAUAUAGGCCUUUUGCAUCAUACAUCAACGGGUGGCUCAGCGUCCUUGGAUGGUGGCUGGCGUCGGGGUCGGUUGCCAACUUUGUCUCCUCCCUGAUUCUGACCGUCGCCGCCAUCUGGCAUCCCACCUACACGCCCAAAGCCUGGCAACAAUACUUGACCUAUGCCGCUCUGGUCUGGUUGGCCGCCGUCCUCAAUAUCUUCGCCUCCCGACUCAUGCCCAUCUUCAACAAGCUGGUCUCGGUCCUGUCCGUGGUCACUCUGGGGGCGACCAUGCUCACCCUUUUUAUUGUUGCUCGACAUCACCAUGCACCGGCAUCCUUUAUCUUCACCGAUGUCGCCAGUAGAAGUGGAUGGACCAACCAGGGCUUCACAUUUCUCCUCGCCACCGGCAAUGCCGUCUACGGCUUCCUGGGCACGGAUUGCGGAGCGCAUCUCUGCGAAGAGAUAGUCAAUCCGUCGAAGAACGUCCCCAAAGUCAUCAUGUAUCCCUUGGUGGUGGGCACGCUCACCGCAUUCCCCUUUGCGGCGUCGUUGUUGUACGCCAUUUCGGAUCUCGACGCGGUCCUUGGCACGCCGACCGGGUUACCGCUCCUCGAGAUUUACUACCAAGGGACCAGGUCGUACGCGGCAUCCACGAUCUUGCUGGCUCUGUUUACUUUUUGCAUGUUCGGUGCAUUGGUCGCCGUCGGGACGACUUGUUCUCGAACGCUGUGGGCGAUAUCUCGUGACGGAGCCUUGCCCUUCUCCCAUAUCUGGAUGCGAGUGGAUUCGACUUGGAGAAUGCCAGUCCAUUCCAUGGUUCUGACAGCAACCUGCGUCUCGCUCUACGGACUCAUAUUCCUGGGUUCUACAACCGCGUUUUCCGCGAUGGUGAAUGCAGCAAUCAUGUUUCUACAAACAUCGUGUGUCGUCCCUCAAGCCAUCCUCCUUUUUCGAGGCCGCGAUCGAGUCCUUCCAGAACGCUAUUUCAGCCUCGGCAAGUUCGGCGUGGCCGUCAAUGCUAUUGCCGUAGCUUGGGUCAUUUUCUUGGAUGUACUCUAUUGUUUCCCGACUUCCAGACCCGUCACCCCUCAGAGCAUGAGUUAUGUGUCGGUCGUCUCCGUUGGCUGCGUGACUUUUGUGGUUCUGUUGUGGCUCACUACCAAGAAAGGAAGGUUUACAGGUCCUCAUGUCGAUUUUGAAGUGAUGAAUGAGAGGAGACGGAUUGCUCUAAGAACCCGGCUCCAUGGUGUCGAGCCGGAAGGCCAGGCCAAUAUGUCCAAUGGGCGACCAGUCUUGAAGAACGGCGGGGAGGCCACUGAUCGAACAUUCUAA